AUGAGUAUCGACACGUCGUGCGAGGCCUCGGCAGGCAUACUUGCUUUUGUCGAGCUCGCAGGCAAGCUCAUGACCAGCUUGGCAACAAUGCACAGCGAAGCAUCUGAGAAUCGGCGAUCUGAUCUGAAAUUGAUGUGCGAAGAACUCAUCAAAUUGCGGGGUUUAAUGGAUCAUGUUGUCAAACAGCCAGUUGAUCCCAAAGCACAUCAUCAGUCCAUCAACGUGCUCGACCUUAAUCGUUUGGCGGUCUUGAGCAUCCGCGAUAUCGAUAUCGUUCUUGAAGAACUCAAAGAAAUGAUGACACCGGAUUUUGGGAGCAGCACAGAGCAAGAAAGGUUACAAUCACCCAACAACUGGGCAAGUCCCUUGAUUCUCUCCACCUUGCAACAUGAGAAAAUGAAGCGUCUUUCCGAAACAGUUUCUAGCCACAUUCACUCAAUCAUCCGGGUAGAUCAAGUCAGCAACACUAUCAAAUCAUUGAGUGUCGAGACUCAGCGCUUGCGUCCAGAAUUUGAGUCCCGUGCUGAUUCACUAACACAAAGUCUUGCGUCUCUUGGUGCUAUGCUACAAAGAGGGUCGACUAAUGCAAAUUGGCAAGGUGCUAAGACCGUGUUCAGUCAGCAAAACAUGUACGAAAUGCAGUCUAUUUUGCGUCAAUUGACUCAAUCAGAAGACCACAUGAUUGCAGAGAAGAUAGUUGCCAGCCUCAACUAUGAUAGUAGGCCCGUUCGUCAUGAUUCUGUUCCCCAGGCGCACAGAGAUACCUUUCGUUGGGCGUUCGAAUCGCGACUCGCAGAAUGGUUUCUGUCAGGCAGUAGUACAUUUUGGAUCUCUGGCAAGCCUGGAUCUGGCAAAUCGACUUUCAUGAAAUUCAUAUCGAAUCAUCAACAGACAAAAGAUUUGCUUGGCUCCUGGGCGGGCGCCAAAGAAAACCUUGCGAUCGCGGCCCAUUUCUUCUGGAUUGCAGGGACCCCGAUUCAAAAGUCAUGGCAGGGACUUUUCCAGUCGUUGUUAUUCGACACAUUCAACAAGCAGCCUGCCGUGAUUGAACUCAUAAGUCCGAGGCGAUGGAACGCUGCCAAGGAAGGCAAGUGGCAAGAAGCUACGGAGCCUUGGUCAGUAACCGAGCUUGGUGUCGCUCUUCGGUCAUUGGCGACUACUCCAAAUUUCCCACUGAAGCUGUGCUUCUUCAUUGACGGAUUGGAUGAGUACGAUAGCAAUCAUGAAGAGCUCUGCAACAUACUUCAUGACAUGGCUCAAUCUCCACACAUUAAAAUGUGUCUUUCAAGUCGCCCUUGGCCAGUGUUUGAGCAAAGAUUCGGCACCGACCCUGCCAAGAAGAUGGAUAUCCACGAGCUGACAAGAGACGAUAUUCGCAAUUUUGUCCAUGAUCAGCUACAAUUGGCUGCUGGAAACGAAAUUCGCAUGACCGAAGAAGACAAGGAUGAAAUUUGCCGGGAGAUUGCUUCCAAGGCAGACGGUGUCUUUCUUUGGGCUUUCUUCGUCACAAAGACUUUGAGAGAAGCCAACGCUCGUGGAGACACCUUUGCGGAUCUACAUCAUCACUUGAAUGGGCUACCAAGAGACUUGGAGCAACUAUUCAGGACGAUGCUUGAGAGUGUGGAUGUAUCUUCGCACCCAAAAAUGGCAGGUAUCCUGCAAGCAGCUUCUCACGCUCUAGAGCCACUCCAUAUCGACUUGUACGCAGUUUUGGAGAAGGAAUUUGAUACCCCCAAGUAUGCACAAUCCUGUCAAAUACAGGGCAUGACGUACGGGCAACUAUCCAUGCAGAGAGAACAGACUGCUCGGAGCGUCAACGACAAGACUAAAGGGCUCCUCAAAGUUGUUCAUCAGCGAUUCGAGUUUCUACAUCGAACAGUUAAAGACUUUGUCUUGACAAAAGACAUGGGCGAUUACUUGAAACAAAAGCUGCCACCGUCCUACAAUGGAUACAAGGCUAUUGCCACUGCUUAUCUCGGAUUCCUCAAGACCACGAGCCUGGACGGUUCCAUCGUCGCAGGAAUCGUCAAGCUGGGUCAAGGACGGAACUCCGGAAUAUUCACUUCUCACUUGAAUCAAGCAUUGAUCUAUGCAGCCGAGGCCAUUAAAACCGAUCACUCGAGGGAAAGCUUGAGUUUGCUAGAUGAUUACGAUCAUUCUGUCGAGAUGAUGAUUCGCAUUGGCCAUGUCACCGUGCGUGGUAUUGCUGCAUCAGGAAGCAACCCCAAGCUGCUUUUCCGCGAGGAGCUCCUUCGACAUAACCUAGCUCCUUACAUCACACAAAAGCUGCGGGAUGAUCCCGACUUCUUGGAGCUGCUUGAGGACCCUCCGCUCUAUUUUGCAUUGAUUCCCAUGUCGCUGAGCAGUGGAGAAAGCCCUGCUCCCGUGCCAGAGGUCCUCGAGAUUUUGCUGCGCAUGGGAGAAAAUCCAAACUUUACAACCAAACGGACGCUCUCGACAGAAGUAACAAACAGUCUUUCGACACAACCUUCCCCGUGGGUGCUUUUUGCCAGGGAAAUAAUGUCCGUCUUCAACAUGCUGUCAAUAGCGUGUACGUUUCCCGCGAUGCGCUUCAAUGAUUCUCUCGACAAGAACUUGUUCGUGCUUCUACUUUCCCACGGUGCCGAUCCCAACGCAAGCCUCUUGCCCGAACGCCCUAAGGGUUCUCAUACGGUCUUUUCGCACUUUUUGAAGAUAUCCGUGUCAAAGUUUCUCGGCAGCGAGUGUUAUGAAGGCUAUCUCAGGACCCUGAGGGCAUUCCUACGUGCGGGAGCGACCUUGGGCAUUCCAGCAUAUGAAGAAACGGCUACCAAGUCUGGCGACAUGGGCGAGCGAAAUCAUGGAGCCCAAGAAGAGGCGGCGUAUGGAAAUUUGGCUCGAGAUCGGCCGUCUGAACUAAUCCUAACAUCAUUCUGCACUUCAUUGAAGGGUCUGUUCACGAGUCUGUCGGCUGAUCCAGAGCGUACCAAGUUCAUACAAUCCGUUACAGCAGAGCUGAUAUCCCACUGUUCUGGGAAAAGGGAAGCACUGGAAGAAAUAUCUUCUACACUUUCGGAGGGAUGUCCAGACCAGAUGAUGGGAGCGCUACGGUCGAUGAUUGAUGGUGAGUUGAUGGGCGUGAAUCGAGGUCUCAAAAGAUAUCGGGGCAGCUGGGAUCAGGAUUCUCUAGAAUCAGCGGUCAAGCAGUCAAAACAGUGA